UGACGUUGCUGUUCAUAAUAAGUUGGGUCUAUAUUUUGUCGAUGCGUGCGAUACAGGUGGUCUCAAACGUCAUGAAUGGGGUUCUAAUAGUCCUGAUUUGCACUCAACGAAUCAUGGUCUUUGUGUUGAGGCUGUGUGUACCAAUGGACAUUGUGAAGCCUAUCAAAAGACAGUAUUUAUUAACAUCGGAUUUGGACAAUUUGAUCUUGUUGGUGGCACCAACGCUAAUGUAUCGAAGUGCCCAGUAUGUGAUCACUAUGUCAAACCGAAAACAUGUGCUUUUAACAAUUGUAAAUGGCGAUGGUGGGGUAUACAGCAACCUCAAGAGGGCCAGCCACCCAAACGACUUUCGGCAGACUGGAAAGUUGCUGACAAUGCCUAUCAUCGAUUCAAAGAAGAUCCAAAUGGGAUUAUCUCGAUGGCGAAAGUUAGUUUUCGAAGCGCACAAGAAUUGACUUGA